AUGGAUAUGAAUGAUAUCGAUAAAGUAAUAAAGAGACAAAUUAACAGAAGUGUGUGCGAAUUUGGUCUUUCAACUCUUCAUGCUUAUAUUCGAGUUUUUGAAUGGUUAUAUCACGUUUCAGUGAGAUUAAAUACAAAGUCAUAGCAGAAGAGAAAAGAUACGAAAGCUCAGGUAGACGCUAGGCAAGCGCAUAUCAAGCAUCGUUUCCACUCCGAAAUGGGCUUGCCUGUUGGUAUUAUUAUUCAAGGAAAAGGCACAACUCACGAUGGAAAUAUGGCUCGCCGUUUUUUUGAAAAUUCAAAAAAAUCUGCAGAUAUAACAGGCAUAAGUGAACUCCUCAUUUCUAGAUGCGCCGUUAUCCUAAAAACGUUAUCCUGUGGAUAUGCUGUCAAGUGUGUUUAAACAGUAUGCAUUAGACACCGCACGCUUAUACGUGAAUGAGUAUCCAUGGUAUCCGAUGCCAGCAUCGGUGCAUAAAAUACUCAUACAUGGUUCAGAUGUGCUUUCGGUUUCCUUGCUUCCUGUUGGAAUGUUGAGUGAAGAGGCCCAAGAAUCGCGUAACAAAGAUUUCAGGGCAUUCCGUGAAAAAUUCACUCGUAAAAUGUCAAGAAUUGCGACGAAUGAAGAUUUAAUGCAUAUCUUUUUGAUAUCCUCGGAUCCAAUAAUAUCGUCGUAUAGAUCACUUCCUCCCAAAAAAGGAGGAUGUUUGGGUCCAGAGAUUUCUGCUCUUCUUUCCACUCCAGAAAAAAAUGAAGAUAGUAAUGAUUCAGACGACGAGUAAACGUAAAUAUAUAUAUAU